CGAGGAUUACUAUCAAUAAAAGAUAGAUUUUUAAAUUAUCUUUAUACUAUUUAAAUGAGAUAAUAAACCAACCUUGACGGGGAGUACAGCGUGUGCCUAUUCAUGUGGCAAACCGGCUUGUGGGGUUAAAGGGGGCAUGGAAAUUCUGUCAUGUUAAUGGGAGGUGAAAUACUUCAAGCCUGCAUUCAGGAUGGAAGCCAGGAAGAGUGAGCCAGUGAAGAAGAAGAAGAGCAAGGAGAGCAAAAAGGAGAGCUCACACAUCCCGUCAGGAUCAGCUGAGGAUGGAGGUGACCACACAAGAGAUGUGACUGAAGCCAUGGGUUCAGCAAAUGAAGAGAGCGGUCUGGUCACAAGAGGAGGCAUCUCAGCUGGUGAAAAUGAAGAUCUUGAAAUGUCUAAGAAAGGUCUUUCUUUUCUCCCAGUAGCACCCAAAGCGGAUGGUUCUGAGUCACACCCUUGCCCACAUUGUGACAUUGUGUUUACUAGUGCUGAGUACCUUCAGAAACACAGCAGAAGACAUACCAAGCUCUGUCCAAACACAUCAGCCACACAAUCUGCUUGCAGCAUAAAUGUAUCUUCACAGCAGAGAGAGUGUCAGGGAUCUAUGACAUAUGCCGCUGAAGAAAAGGGGUUUCCGCAAACAGGAUCUCUGCAGAGUUCCCAGCGAUCAAUCUCAGUGAAGAGACUGUAUACAUGUGGUGAAUGCGGAAAGAGUUUCACGUGUUCAGGGAAUCUCAAAAAACAUCAUCGAUCACACACAGGAGACAGACCAUAUGAAUGUACCGAAUGUCGGAAGAAUUUCACAACGUCAUGGAAGCUCAAGGAACACCAGCGAUCGCACACAGGAGAGAGGCCGUAUAAAUGUGCCGUAUGUGGAAGGAGUUUCACUCAAUCAGGGUACCUCAAAGUACAUCAGCAGUCACACGCAGAAGGGAGACCGUAUACAUGUGCUGAAUGUGGACAGGGUUUCACUCAGUCAGCGCACCUCAAAGUACACCAGCGAUCACACACAGGAGAGAGACCAUAUCGAUGUACCGAAUGCGGAAAGAGUUUCGCAAAGUCAGGGCACCUCCAGAUACACCAUCGAUCACACACAGGAGAGAGACCGUAUAAAUGUACCGAAUGUGGAAAACAUUUCACAACUUCAAGGGAGCUCAAGGUUCAUCAGAGAUCACAUACAGGAGACAGACCGUAUGAAUGUGCCGAUUGUGGAAAGAGUUUCACCCAGUCAGGACAUCUCCAGAGACACCAGCGAUUACACACAGGAGAGAGACCAUACACAUGUGCGGAGUGUGGAAAGCGUUUCACAACAUCAGGAGACUUCAAGGUUCACCAGCAAUCACACACAGGAGACAGGCCUUAUAAAUGUGUCGAAUGUGGAAAGAGUUUCACAAAGUCAGGGAUGCUCCAAAGACACCAGCAAUCACACACAGGAGAGAGACCAUAUAAAUGUAUUUUAUGUCAAAAGAGUUUCCGAACAUCAGGAGAUCUCAAGAUUCAUCAGCUGUCACACACAGGAGAGAGACCGCAUAAAUGUAUUUUAUGUCAAAAGAGUUUCACAACGUCAGCAAAUCUCAUGGUACACCAACGAUUACACACCGGAGAGAGACCAUAUAAAUGUACUGAAUGUGUAAAGAGUUUCACAAGGAAACAGCACCUCCAAAAACACCAGCGAGUACACAAUGGACCUCACACACAGGUGGCUGUGGUGCAAAUGUGAGGCUAUCACCAGGGUGUGUACCUGCUGGAGAGUGUAACAGAACUGUGAGAAAUGAGAGCCAGUGUCCCCCCGCUGAUACCAGUCGUGGCCUCCACUGGCUCACAAAAUUUCAGUAUAGAUUAUUGGUCAAAAGGCAACUUCUCCCCUGGUCUCUUACCAGUAGAUUGUUCUGUGUUUAUUAUUUUAUUACCAGCAGAUUUUUGUAUGUUUUUUAGUUUCUUGCCAGCAGAAUAGGGUGUGCUUCCUGGUUCAUUAUCAACAGAAUGGGGUGUUUAAUGGUUUAUUACGUACCGGUUUGGGGUGUAUUUACAGGUUUAUAUGGAUGUUUGCUGGUUUAUUAGCAGCAGAAUGGUUUGUGUUUACUGCUUUAUUAUCAGCAGAAAGAGAUAUGUUUAGUGGUUUAAUACGAACAGAAUAGGGUCUGUUUAAAAGAGAAGUUUAUCACCAGUUGGUGUCACUGAUUCUGAGCCUGUCCAUUUUGGUCAGCCAAGUGGGAAAUGUCAGCAGUUUUGUUUUGGGAAUGGCUGCAGUGUGAGGAAAGGGAAGGGAGACAGAAGGUUACAGGGACAGGAGGGGCAGUGAUGGAGGCCUGAGGAAAGGAGGGGAGAAUAACAGUCUAAGAGUGUCUGUGAAUUUUACAUUCUAUAUAGUUCACCUGUGUAGUCAGCUAUUAAAACCAUGUUAUUGAGGGUUGGGCUGAGGAUCUUAUUCAGACUGACUGGGCUGAGGGUAUUCACACAGACAGUUUAAUAAUGCUCCAGCCAGAGAGUCAUUGAUUGCUGGAAUAACCAGAGUUUUAUUGCGUUCACGGAAGUGUCACUAUCGCUGGGAUAGUGUAACUGGUCAGAAGGACUAUAGCUGCUUAGUUGGUCUGUGUGGGUGGGGGGUGAGGAGCGUGGGUGAGUGAUAUUAAUCUGUGUGUUUACCACAGUGUUAUCCUGGGGUAAGGAACUGUCUGUGUACAAGUUCACUGUACUGUUAGAAUAAACUAUAACUAAUAUUUACAGCCAUCAA